GGGGGGGGAGGUGUGCGUGGAGGAAAAAGACCCGCAGAGAAGAAGAAAAUCCUGAUGCCAGUGAUGGCAAACGAGCCGAUCAUCCUGAACGUUUAUGAUAUGUACUGGAUCAAUGAGUUCACCAGCACUCUGGGCAUCGGUGUCUUUCACUCAGGGAUUGAGAUCUAUGGGAGAGAGUUCGCCUAUGGCGGACACCCAUACCCAUUCUCAGGGGUCUUUGAGAUCACACCAGGGGAAGCAACUGAACUGGGCGAGACAUUCAAGUUCAAAGAAGCCAUAGUGUUGGGCAGCACAGACUUCACAGAGGAAGAUGUGGAGCGGAUAGUCGAGGAGAUGGGGAAGGAGUAUAAAGGCAACGCCUACCACCUCAUGCACAAGAACUGCAACCACUUCUCCUCAGCACUGUCAGAGAUCUUGUGCGGGAGGGAGAUCCCUCGCUGGGUAAACCGCUUGGCCUACUUCAGCUCCUGCGUGCCGUUCCUGCAGAGCUGCCUGCCCAAAGAGUGGCUGACCCCCGCCGCCUUACAGUCAAGCGUCAGCCAGGAGCUUCACGGAGCGGGAGAGCUAGAGGAGGCGGAGGACGCCGCUGCCACCGCCUCCCUGGCGUCCAUGUCGCCCUCGUCCUCCUCCAGCCCCACCUCCUUCCCCAGGCAUUCCAGACACCAGCCCCGUCGGUAGAAGCUGCAAGGUCUGCUGGGAAAACUUUGGGGCUGGAAUUGCGAUCACAAAAACUGCCAGGUAACAGAAUACCUGCAACAAUGAAGCAUCCUGCUACAGGAAAAGUCCUGACACAGUGAUCGUGAGCAGGGCACUGAACCGCAGCCUGCUCUUGGUAAGAAAGUCAGCGAGAUCUCUGCAGUGAUCCAGAGACAAGGACGAGUUUUUCCUCGUGCUGUUGACAGAAACAGGAUCGUCACUCAGUAACCAAUGCUGGAUUCUCAGAGCACACUCAAAUCCAAACUAGUUCCCCUCAAGUCACUUCCAUUAUUUUACCGGGUUACUCACAGUGCUGAAAGGAAGCCAUUUUCUUUCAGAUUUAGGAAAAGCAGCCACAUGCAGAUUUAACUAGCAGUUAGUUGGUGGAUGGUGCUAAUCUUUCAGUUUGAGUCACUUUAUGAACAUGACCCCAAACCAAAGGAGUCGCUUUAAAUUUGGCAUUUGAUCCAUUUGAGUCGUUAUAAAUGACUCAAACUUUAUUGACCACCCAACAAGCUGCUCUGAUUAGGAGAAGUUGCACCUUUGGGGGUUUACCAGAUGAUUAAAGGAUAAAAAAACGAUUUCUGUUACAAAAAUAAUGAAUCUAAAUUCAGACGUUGCUGCUUUUUGUUUAUUAUCCUCGCAAAAUAUAAGAUAGAUUUACAUCUUUAGGCUUUGAACUUGGUUAUAAAAACUCAGUUUGGGAAUCUCAAAUGUUGAGAUACUACUUCUAGCAACUUUAGCUACAAUGCUAAUGAAGCUAUACUGCACAGACCAAUGCAACUGACAGAAAAAGACCCUGUUUUUCUGCUUUAAUGUGAAUGCCUUAACGGGUCUUUUCCAUAUUAAACAUCCAUACGCGGUUUAAGUACCACUAGCAAGGUGCUGGUAUCAUUUGAUAUGUGGCUGUUAAAUGUUUCCUCUGUAGAUGGGUAGCUGGUAAAAUAUUGUAGGCAGCAAGUGGAGUUUGGAAUCUAUAGACUUUGCCCAAGAAAGCUGUGUGUGCAUCAAGACCUCAGCUUUUUUUUGUAUCUCUCACAGUAGACGGAACAUCCCAGAAAUACAAUCGGCCUCACUUUCAAAAAAAAAGGAGAAGAAGAUCCAGCACCCCGGUGUCUUAGAUUUUCGAAAGUCAUUUGACACACCAUGGAUAAGUUUGGAUCCUGUUACUUUUUUCCCGGAGUCCUUUUCAUGUUUUUUUUUUUUUUUAUGUCAGCUCUGUUACAGCAGUUUUAUGUGUAGCAGCUUUAAAAGUCCUACUUGCUCAGUUACCCCACGUGAUAUGAGAAAACAGACCCAUUUCAGUGGUUUUUUUUGUGUAUCAGCCCAUACUGUAAUGAUGAUGUCAUGGCAACAGAUUAUUGCCAGAUAACUAUGUGAUAAAGUUUAUUUUGGAACAAUAAGGUUGUGUGGCAGACAGCGGUUAAAGAAGACAUUUUGUUACCAGAAGGUUGUGGGUUUAAAUCCAGAAAUGAAAGAGGGUACAUUUGUCUCUGUAGCAUUUGCCAAGGUGCCUUUGAGUGUGGGACUUAAAGAACCAGUGUUCAAGAUUAAGGGGAAUCAUUAUUAACUUUGUAGUAUGUUUCAUUUUGUCAAUUAUCCCCUGAAACUGGAAAUAUGUUUUUGUCACCUUGGAAUGAGCUUCUAUGUCUGCAGAGGGAUUGCUCCUCUCUUACACAGUCAGACAUGUUUUUACAGUAGCCCUGAAUGGACAAAUCAACAUAUAUCUUGAGAGAGGGCCUUCAGUAAGUGUUUGAGGAACCAUCAGCCGGUUGUCAUUUGCAACCUCAACACAUAAUACCACUUAAUCUUACAAACUGCUUCUUUAACCCACCGGUGUUCCAAGACUUGCGGUUGUACCAGACUGCUGCCAGGUAUCAGUGUGAUGGUGUUUGUAAGUGUAGAGCAAAAUCUUUGAUCUUUACUUGUGUAAUUCUGGUACUGAUAGGGAACUUGAAGUAGAGUGUUGGAUCUGACUUUGUCUAACUCUUCGGCCACUAUCUGCCUGCAUGCUGACAGACAUUUUCCGCACGUCUCCAAGUUAGCAACAACAUUUGUGUUAAUUUAGAGCUUUACUCUCUAAAUAUGUUAUACUUUGAUUUAAAGGUCACAUAUAAAUACACUUUACCAUAGUUUUCUAACACUAGUGUGUCCCUAGCCUGUCUACAAACCUCCACUUUUCAGAAAAUGUGUGCUCAAACAAGCUGUUUGAAGAUGUUCCCUUUGUGACAACACAAAGGGCAGUAACCCCUCCCCCAGGUGGGUAACAAUCCAACAGCUACGCGACUGUCCUGCCCUGUGAGUCUGCCUUUCCAACAUAAACAAUUGGGCAUGGAGCAAGAAAGCCCAAGCCACUUUAUCUUCGCGAGAGAGGGGUGUGGUCAGACACAGCUUACUUGUAUUUAAAGCUACAGAAGCAGCCUGUUCUGAGCAUGGCUGAAAUAGAGGGGUUUAUAAUUAUGAUACAAUACAAGUUCAAAAUUGAUUUUUUUUUU